AUAUUAAAAAUAAUUAAAUGAAUAAAAUAAAAUUUAAGUAUAAAAUUCUUAAACUACAAAAUUUGAGAAUUAAUUUUAAAAUUUUUCAAAAGACCAACAUGGGGCUCCAAUGGUGGUCAUCCUACCAGACAUGUUCCUUAAUUUGUGGGAAAAAGAGAUUCAAUGAGUGUAUUGGCCCAAGAAAAAUGCCCAGUUAGCAUCCAAAUUCCCUUAUGUCACCAAUUACGUGCACCACUUUACCUGGCAAGUAAGUACUGCUUAUAUUUUAACCAAAUUCUCUUAAUUUCUAAAUAUAUGUGUUGUGCGCUUGAUUGGUUUGUUACUAAAUUUGCAGUUUGAGGAGUACACGCCUGAUUGGUGGACGAGAAGAAUAUUGAUCAUCAGGAGGAGGUGGUCGGUCGCCUGACACCAAGGAAGUAAAAUCACUGAAGACAGAGAACUUGCUAAAUUUUUCUGCUGCUUCCGGUACCUUAUGAAAGCACAAAGUGAAAAAAUCUGUUUUUCAUUUUCUUUUUCUGGAGAAAAAUACUUGAAUAACUAGUCAUCUCUCCAUGAUGUACUCUCUUUGUUCCACUUUAAUUGACAAUUAAAUUCUUUUCUCAUCUCAAUCUCUUGAUUCUUUGUGGAUUGUUGACUGGGUUAGUAUCAGUGUAUCCAAACAUAGUGAAAGAAAGAAAGUAAGAAACAUAAUGUUGAAGGAUUUCUUGCCGUGCUUGGCCAUGGUUCUGGUGCAGGUAGGCUACGCUAUAAUGAACAUCACCUCCAAACUGGCCAUGGAAUCCGGCAUGAAACCUCUUGUUCUCGUUGCUUACCGUCAAAUCUUUUCUGUCAUUGCCAUCGCCCCCUUAGCUUUUUUCAUGGAGCGGAAGACAAGACCCACGAUCACAAUGAAAAUACUGUUCCAGUUGUUCUUGUUUUCAAUUCCAACGGUGACUGCAAACCAGGUGUUUUACGUUCUUGGACUUGAGUAUACAACCGCAACAAUUGCCUGUGCAUUGAACGAUCUCCUCCCUAUGAUCACUUUUGUUUUAGAAGCCUUUUGCAGGUAUGAAAAUGUGCAAAUAAGAACCGUAGUAGGGCAGGCAAAGGUGAUAGGAACUACUGCAUGUGUUGUUGGAUCCAUGUUGUUGUCGUUUUACCAUGGACACACCAUUGACAUAAUAGGAUCCAGCAUUCAUUGGAAAUAUGCCAAGAAAAUGACUAAUUCAAGUUCCAACAACGGGACAAACUUCCUCGGUCUGUUUCUAAUCAUGCUCAGCUGUGUUGCUUGGGCUGUUGGGUUCAUAAUACAGGAACGACUAAGGAAGAAGUUUGAAGCGCCUUACACAACAACUGCAGUAAUGUGUUUACUGGCGAGCAUUGAGUGCACUGUCAUUGGUUUCAUUUUUGAACAUAGAAUUUCUGCCUGGUCAUUGAGCUCCAGUAUCAGACUUUUUGCAGCUUUAUACGAGGGAAUCGUGUGUAACGGGCUGGCAUUUUGCCUAGUGACAUGGAGCAUAGAAAAGAAAGGACCUUUCUACGUCUCGAUGUUCAGUCCUUUGUCGUUGGUGAUCGUGGCAAUCCUAAGCUCGGCACUGCUACAUGAAAAAUUAUUCAUUGGAACUCUUGCAGGGUCUGUUCUGAUCGUUGCUGGACUCUACGCUGUCCUGUGGGGAAAAGGUAAAGAGACUGAACGUGAAAUCCAGGGAUGAUGAAAUGGAAACAAAGCAAGGUUAAAUGCUAAAUUUGGUCCCUUAACUUUAAGAAAUGCACAUUUUUGAUCCCUCAACAAUUUUUUGCACUUUUUUAAUCCCUCAACUCUAACAAAUGCACACCGUUAGUCCUUCUGUUAAUUUUCACCGUUAACUCUGCAUAUGUGGCAUUUUUUAUAUUUUUUUUGAUGACGUGGAGCGUAAAAUUAAAAAAAGUAAUGACAUGGACAAAACGUUUUGCCAUGUGUUCAAACAGCAAACAUUUUCUCAGCAUCCAAACACCCUUCUAGCCAAACAAAUGAGAACCCACUAA